AUGAGCCGCAGCCCGGAGAGGAUCUCGUCCUACCGCCGUCACUUUGAGGACAGCAGCAGCGCAUCCUACCAGGUCAGGGUGUCCAGCCCAUCCCCGGUCAGGAGGGAUGUCCGCCGUGCGUCUGCUGGCUACUCCCGCACCGCCGGGGCUGGCAGCAUGCGUGUCGAGUCAGUGGGACGUAGGACCAUCUCGGCUGGACGCAAAGCCCGCAUGGCUGGAGCCGGUGCCGGGGCUGUAGCGUGUGUUGGGUUUGGUGGAGAGCCGGCUAUUGAUCUGGAUGUGGCUGCAGCUGAGAACCAGGAAUUCCUCAGCACCCGCACCAGUGAAAGACAGGAGAUGAUUGUCCUCAAUGACAGACUGGCCAUAUAUAUCGACAAGGUUCGAUCACUUGAGCAGCAGAACAAGCUGUUGGAGACAGAGAUUGAGGCCUACCAGAACCGGUUCGAAAAGCCAACAGGUCUGCGCCUCCUAUAUGAAGAACAGCUGAGGGAGCUGAAAAAGAUUGCUGACCAGAUGAGAGUUCAGCGGGACAUUUCCUUGGUUGCUAGGGACUCCACAGCUGCUCGACUAGAGGCCAUCAAAAUCAAAUAUGAGGAGGCAGUUGAACUGAGGAGGAAAGCUGAGACUGAAAUUGAAAUCUUCCGUCCAGAUGUGGACAAAGCCACUUCUUCACGCAUUGCCUUGGAGAAACAGCUGGAACAGCUGGAAGUCGAAAUUGAAUUCCUGAAAAGGGUCCAUCAACAGGAAAUCGAUGAGCUCAUGAAACAGGUCUAUGCAGCUCACGUCUCAGCCGAAAGUGCAUAUGCAAUGCCUGAUCUAGCGGCUGCCUUGAAACAAAUUCAAACCCAAUAUGAUGACAUUGCGGCCAAAAAUCUCCAGGAAAUGGAUACAUGGUAUAAAAAUAAGUUUGAAGAUCUACAAUCCAAGACAACAAGGCAUGUGGAUAAAGUUCGAGGCAUCAGAGAAGAAAUAGCAGGCGCCAAAAAGGAUAUCCAAAAUAAAGAACGAGACGUCGAUGGCCUGAGGACCAAGAAUGAAGCUCUUGAGGCCCAGAUCCGAGAGACACAAGAAAAGUACAGGAAGGAACUGGAGGACCUGCAGGCACGGAUUGAGGCCCUGCAGCUUGAGCUGAAAUCCACCAAGGAGAAAAUUGCACUGCACCUGCGUGAGUACCAGGACCUCCUGAACAUCAAGAUGGCCCUGGAGAUUGAAAUUACAACUUACAGAAAGCUGAUCGAGGGAGAGGACUUGCGGCUCUCUGGAAUGAUGCAAACCAUUUCUCUUACCAGCGGCAGAUUGAGCGCCAUCGGUGCUGGGAUGGGGAUGGGUAUGGGUGGAGGAGGCCAGGGUGGUGCUGGUGGAAUAGGUGGCAGUUUGGUUGGUGGUGCUGGUGGUGUUGCAGGAAUGGGGAGUGGAGCAGGCAUGGGUGGGGGUGCUUCAGGGGGCAUAGGUGCAGGUCUAGGCAGUGCCCCUGGAGGAAUGGGUGCUGGUGCUGGGGGACUUGGAGGAGUAGGUGCUGGUGGUGGCAUGGGUGGUUCAGGUGGCAUGGGUGGCACUGGUAUGGGGGGGCAUGGCAGUCUAGGGGGAGGGAAGGGAGAAGGGAUGGGUGGAGGUGUAGGUAAGGGCCCUGGAAUAGCUGCUGCUGGAAUGGGUGGUGGUGUAGGAAUCGAGGGUAUGGGAGGAGUAGAGGGUGCAGGGGGAAUGGGUGAAGGUGCUGGAAUGGGAUAUGGAUCUAAUGGAUACGACGCCACCAUUGAGUCCUAUGCAGAGCAAGCUGUAGAGCUGACUGAGAGAAGGACGGUACUCAUUAGAACAGUUAAAAACGAGGACGAUGUGCUGGAGACGGACCACCAGGAACAGACCUACACCAUCACCGGUGCUGCCGAUGACUCUGACGCCGAUUGAGCAUGAAUUACCAUUUGACCUCCUCUCACCCUUAAAUCCCCACGCCCCUCUGAGCUUUGCACUGACCAAACCCCAUGUCUGGGCACUGGCCUUUGCCCUUUGACCUGGACAUGAAGACCAUGAAUGACCCAUUGCUACCAAGU